AUGCGAACAGCUCCUUAUCAUCCGCAGUCAAACGGACUUGCAGAACGGGCUGUUAGAAGCGUAAAAGAAGCGCUUAAGAAGCUGACGGACGGACCACUGGAAAUCCGGCUCCAACGCUGGCUACAUAACCACAGAAGGACACCAUCAGCUGCCCAUGGGGGAAAAGCUCCUGCGGAAAUGUUAUUCAAUUUUCUGCCACGUAGUCGCUUGGAUAUCAUCAAAGCCAAUGUGCUCAAAAACCAAAAGACAACCCAGCAAGACGUGGACAGUCGUUUGAAACCUGGAGCACCUGUCUACGUGCGCAAACAAUGCGAUCGACCCGGAUGGAUGCCGGGUAGCGUGCUUGAGGGCCUAGGAAGUCGCAUGGCUAAAGUGCAAACGGCCCAGGGUAUUGUCACACGCCACCUUGACCAGAUGCGAACCCGCUACGGCGCAGAUACCGCGGUUUCCGAAAGUGAUACAGCUCACGCAUCCGACCCAUCCAACGCGGCCCAUGACGCUACAGAUGACACAUCGGAGUCGACAGAAACCGAAGGACAUCGAUAUUCGCUCCGACCGCGACACAGGUCACACCACUGA